AUGGCGGCUCCCAACACAUUUGGAGACCUCGGUCUGUCCAUCAUCGGCGUCGGCAGCCAGUACCCGCCAUACUCGUUGAAGACGGAAUCAAUAGACUACCUGAGCAACAAAUUCUACCCCGACUCACCUUCUAUGAAAAAAGUCCUGGCCAUCAACCGUUUUACUGGCAUUGACUACCGCUCGUCCAUUGGCACGCAUGAACACCCCGUCGUCAACAACAAGGAUGCGCCCUCGAUUGCAGAGCUGCACAAGGUCUUCAUGAGCGACGGCGUGCCGUUAGCAGUGGAGGCUUCACGCAAGGCUAUUGAGGAGGCCCGCAUCGACCUCAGCGAAAUCACACACGUCGUGUCGACAACGUGCACCGACAGUGCCAACCCCGGGUUCGACCACUAUGUCGUGAAGGGUCUGGGUAUCACACACCAGGUCGAGAAGGUGCUGCUGCACGGGGUCGGCUGCAGCGGUGGCCUGGCGACGCUGAGGACUGCGGCGAACCUGGCAUUGGGACACAAAGCUCGUAACAAGCCAGCGAGGAUCCUCUGCGUCGCGCUCGAAGUGAGCACGACCAUGGUGCGCAGCGAACUGAACAGCAUCGACGAGCUCCAGGAAACGAGGAUCGGCGUCGCUCUCUUUUCCGAUUGCGCCAGCGCGGUGGUGCUUAGCAACGGUGUCGGCGAGCCUACAGAACCCGUGUAUGAUCUGCUGGGCUGGGAGCAUAAGAUCAUUCCCGAUACAGAUCAUGAUCUGGGCUUCGAUGUUGACCCUGUUGGAUGGAAGGUGAUUCUCUCGGCGCAAGUACCGAAGCUUGCAUCGGCCGCCAUUCCAUCCACUUUUAAAGAGAUGCUCGCUUCCGUCCCUUCGCUACCGCCAUCGUACCAAAGCCCCGAGGACUUCGACUGGGCUAUGCACCCUGGAGGGGCCACGAUUCUGUCGGGAGCCGAAAAGACAAUGGGCAUCUCGUCGUACCACAUGCGAGCGAGCUACGACACUUAUAUCAACCACGGAAACUCGAGCUCGGCAACAAUCUUCAGCGUCAUGGACCGGCUGCGGUCCAAAGACAUGGACGCCGUUGCGCCGGACGGCCGGGUACGCGACUACGUGGUGGGGUGUGCGUUCGGGCCGGGUAUCUCAGUGGAGAUGUGCAUGCUGAAGCGGAACAUGGGGACGCGCGGCGUCACGGGUCUGCAAACGCCUCCAGAGACGGAGAGCGAGGGAAGCACUAGUGAAGCUGGGGACGACGGCGGGGCCCUGCCCGAUGGACGGGCAUCUUCGGGACUGCAAACGGACCAGACCUUCGUUGCGGAGGCAAUGGAGGGUCUGGAUCUGGACUGA